CGAUGAGACAAGCCUGCAGCAGGAUAUUGAACGCACGGACACGCCCAUGUUGCUUUCCAUCUGCCCUACGUAGCUGGAUCCGUUCUUAAAGGGGAGGACAUCAUAUGACCGAGGGAAGCCCAACAGUCUGUUUGGCCUCAAAGGAUACACGAAGUUAUCUAUAUGAAACACGAUUCAUUCCCUGAUAUGAUUCAUUUUAACAAUCUACACGAGGCACAUACAUGUGCAUCAACGACUUUAUUUUGAGAACACCAAGUUCCCCUUCAACCGGUCCAGACAUGCCCUUUAAUUCCGCCUGUUCCUCCGCCAUGUCGCCGCUGUCGGCAUAACACAACAGCGGGACCCUCAGCUUCCACAUCCUCCGUGUCCUUCUCUGUCCGCCGCGUCUCCAGCGAGUUUAUCUCCCCUGCCAUGCCCCGGGUCACCUCUCUGCUGCCUGCCCUGCUGUGCGUCCUCCUGCCGGGCCCGAGCCGGGGAUAUUUCCCCGAGGAGCGCUGGAGCCCCGAGUCUCCGCUCCUCGCUCCCCGGGUUGUCGUCGCGCUGGUGUGCCGCAACUCGGCGCACUCUCUGCCGCUGUUCCUCGGAGCCAUCGAGCGCCUCAACUACCCGAAGGACCGCAUUGCGCUGUGGGUGGCGACAGAUCACAACAUAGACAACACCACAGCCAUCCUGAGAGACUGGCUUAUCAAGGUGGAGAAUGACUAUCACUAUGUGGAGUGGAGACCUCAAGAUGAACCCAGAGCCUUUGAAGACGAGACGGGGCCUAAACACUGGAAUAAUCUCCGCUACGAACGCGUAAUGAAGCUGCGUCAGGCAGCGCUGGAGACCGCCCGUGAGAUCUGGGCCGACUACCUGCUGGUGGCCGACUGUGACAACCUGCUCACCAACGCGGACACGUUGUGGAAACUGAUGAGUGAGAACAAGACCGUCGUAGCGCCAAUGCUGGAGUCCAGAGCUGCGUACUCUAACUUCUGGUGCGGCAUGACUUCACAGGGUUACUACAGACGCACACCAGCCUACAUGCCAAUCCGUAAGAAGGAGCGUCGUGGCUGUUUCGCCGUACCGAUGGUCCACUCCACCUAUCUAGUGGACCUACAGAAAGAGGCCUCGCGUCAGCUGGUGUUUUAUCCACCACACCCAGAGUACAGCUGGGCCCUGGACGACGUCAUCGUCUUUGCCUACUCGGCUCGCAUGUCAGAUGUGCAGAUGUACGUGUGCAACAAAGAGACUUAUGGGUAUUUUCCGGUGCCGAUGCGUUCCCACGGUAGCCUGCAGGAUGAGGCGGAGAGCUUCGUGCAUACUCAGCUUGAGAUCAUGGUGAAAAAUCCUCCAUUGGAGCCCUCCAGCUUCCUGUCUCUCCCUCCCAAGCAGCCUAACAAGAUGGGCUUUGAUGAGGUGUUUAUGAUAAAUCUGGUGCGGAGAUCUGACCGUCGCGAGCGAAUGCUAAGAACUCUGUACGAGCAGGAGCUCAGCUGUAAGGUUGUUGCUGCUGUGGAUGGCAAAGCUCUGAACAAGACUGAUGUAGAGUCGAUGAGGAUUAAGAUGCUGCCGGGUUACAAAGACCCUUAUCACGGUCGGCCCCUCACCAAGGGUGAACUGGGUUGUUUCCUCUCUCAUUACAACAUCUGGAAGGAGAUAGCAGACCGUGGUCUGCAGACCUCCCUGGUCAUCGAGGACGACCUCCGCUUUGAGGUGUUCUUCAAGCGACGUCUCCAGACGCUGCUGCGGGAGGUGACCACACACGAGCUGGACUGGGAUCUCAUUUACAUCGGGCGGAAGCGGAUGCAGGUGGACCACCAAGAGAAGUCUGUGCCAAACAUCCACAAUAUCGUGGAGGCGGACUACUCCUACUGGACACUAGGCUACCUGCUGUCUUUACAAGGAGCCCAGAAGCUCCUCAGGGCCGAACCUCUGAUCAAGUUGCUUCCCGUCGAUGAGUUCCUCCCCGUCAUGUACGAUAAACAUCCAGUUUCAGAGUACAUGGACCACUUUGAGAUUCGGGACCUGCGUGCGUUUUCUGCCGAGCCGCUUCUGGUGUAUCCAACCCAUUACACCGGCGAACGGGGCUAUAUCAGUGACACGGAGACCUCGGUGGUCUGGGACAACGAGACCGUCAAAACCGACUGGGACCGCGCCAAGUCGAGGAAAACUCAGGAGCAGGGGGAGCUGAGCUUCGAGGCCCAGAACUCUGACGUACUGCAGUCUGAACUGGAGAACUGGAGCGCACGGGACGAGCUGUGAUGAAGAAGAGAGGAUGUGAGGAGGAGAGACAGAGAGAACAAACCGAGAUAAGGACGAGGGAGAUGGGACAAAGCUGUGAUAGUGGGGAGAUGGAAAAGAUGGAGAGAAUAUAACAGGGGGUUGACACGGAGUUGGUGACUAAUGCUUCUGUUCUUCUCUCUCCACUCUUGAUCUUUCUCUUCAGAGAUGAGGUGUAGAAGUAGAAUCUUGAAGAGUCAGUCUGCAUCCAACGCUCAUCCCUUGACCACAGCCUGGUCCAAUAGCAGUUCCAUGUUUUAAAUAAUAUUUUGCCCAGAUGUAUCCCAAACCACAUUAUAUAUAAAGUCCCCCAGAGGGAAUGACAUGUAAAAAUAUGAAUUGGAAGAAGAUGCAGUAUUUAGCCUAACUCUAGCACGUCUCUAAAUGACUUCUAGUCAGAUUUCAACUGGCCAGCACAACUUCACAUCUCCUGAUUACACGUGAAGGCUUUCUAUCGCGUUUUAUACUCUCAGUGGUUCCCAACCUGUUUGGCUUUUGACCCCUUAAAGAAAUCUAUGUCUACCCGUAACCCCUGAUCACCAGUUGUAUCUGUCGCCUGGCUGUGAUGAGUACGACCAACGAGUAGGGAACCACUGCUCUGUCUUCUUCAUCUUCUUCUUGAUCUUCUUCUUCAUCUUCUUCUUCUUCUUCUUCUUCUUCUUGAUGCUCUUCACAUCUUGCUCUUUAGUUAUUGAAGUAAGUUUUAUACGGUUGUUACUUUAAUAACGUUACACAUGUUUCACUCAUGAAUCUGUGUUGCCUUUUAUUUCAUGUCAAACCCUUUUACACUUUGGUAAGAGCUGUGUGUUGUUUUAGUGUUUCAGUGUUUUCCACUCAGUUUUAACAUUUUUGCAUUUUGUUUGUUGAUCAGAUCAGAAAAACAAAUGAAUAUAGAUUUUUUUGUAACUUUUCCAUGUUUAGUUCUCUCCACAAGUAUCUUAUUUUUAAGCAAAGAAUGAAUAAAAAUUUUAUAAUGA